AAGGGGAGGCAGGUAGUGCUGACAGGGAGAGGAGGAGAAACAGGCAGCGCUGGCAGUAUGAGAGGAGGCAGGUAGUGAUGACAGUGUGAAGAGGGACAGGCAGUUCUGGCGGGUUCCAUCCGGCAUCUUGAUCGCAUCCCGUUCUGGCAGGUAGGAGGACAGAAAGGCAGUAGUCAGUUCUGGCAGGGUGAGGAAAGGCAGGCAGUGCUGGUAAGAUAAGGAGGAGAUGUAGGCAGUGCUGGCAGGGGGAGGAGGGGAGGUAGGCAGUGCUGACAGUGAUAGGAGAGAGGCACGCACCUUGCUGUACCUUGCACUGAGGAAUUCCACCCUGACAUUCCUGACGCCUCGUGAUCCUCCCUCUGCCGCACACGCCUCCAUUUCAGCAGUAAUUGUCAUUGUUGCUGUUUCAGUCUAGUGGGAGGGAAUUGUUAUUCAUUGCGGGGGCUGGAGAAGAAAAAAAGAGGGUGGAGAUGGGUGUUUAGAAAGCAAAGGCGAAAGGCCAUCUUCUGCCCUUCAGCUGAGAGAGAGGAGGGGCUGGGGAGCAGGUGGAACUGUGUGACUGAGUGGAAGUUAGGUGUGGAGCCUGAAGUUGCAGCGCUCAUCAGACAGGAGCAGGAGAUGCAGCACGCGUGCACACCGGCUGCUGACCUCCGCCAGCGCUGGGCUAUGAGAAGCAGAGAGUGAGGAUGGCCAAGGAGCUGAGCCAGGAAGAGGUGUUGGACUUUCUCUGCCAAGGCGGGGGCAAGGUGCCCAAUACCUCGCUGGUGGGUCACUUCAAGCACUUCCUGAGAGACACCCGGACGCCCGGCGAGCAGCUCCUGAAAUCCCGGGAGAGAUUCAAGCGCUAUGUGAACUCGGUGGCGGUGGUAAAGCAGGAGGGAGCUGUCAAGUACGUGGUGCUGAGAAGCCGGUACCGCGAUCUGCUGGGAGAAGACCUGCGGGCACGGACCCCCGAAGCAUUUGACCAGCAGGAGGAAUCUGAGCUCGGUGACAGCAGACAGGAUGAUCAGAUUGUGCCCGGUACGGUGCAGGGACUCCAGGUAGGUGGGGGAUGGAGCAGCCGGGCUGGCGGACGGCAAGUCCCAAGGAGUGUGUAUCCUCACCAGGAUGUGUAUGUGCGGCAAGACACAUUGCAGCAUCCCCUGCACAAUAUAGCUGCGAUUUCACAGGCUCCAUAUGGCACUGGCAGCAAUCGUGGGACUUUGGAUGGGAAGAUUUGGGAUGCCCCUCCAAGUUCUUACAGAGAACCUUUUGCUUAUGACCGUGCACCUAAAGUGCAGCAAGCAUCAUCCCGGUAUACUCCCUCAUCCCUUCACCCGUCUUUGCCCCCAAAUGGUACUUCUACAUCACCCUGCCAAAUCUCACCCCCCAGCAGCACCUCCUCACCAGAACACAGCACUUCCUUGCUAGUCACAAAUACUUCUGUGCUGCUCAAUCAGACCCCAAGCAGUAAUGGACUAUCACAGGUUCAAACCAGUCAUACAUACACAACCUCCAGCAAGACCAUCUCACCACCCAGCAACAGCUCCUCAGCUGUCAUUAGGACUUACAAUUCACAUAUGAACAAAUUAUCAUCACCAUGCCACAAUCGGUCUUCAUUUUCUUCUUCUGCUGAGAGCCCUGCCACGACUGGGACUCCCUCCCCUGCUUCUAGCGGGCACAGGAGGCACACACCUGGGCAUGGCCAUGAACGUCAAUCUGAAGAGAUAAUAAGUGAAACAACUAAUGUUGCUGUUGUUCCUGCUACCUCCAUGACUGCAGAGGGACAAACACAUGGAUACUUUACAGGUACUGAAUUUCCAUUGACCAGUUAUCCCUUAAAUUAUACCUUUGCCCAGGACAUGCAUGAUGAAUAUUCUAACUGUAUGCAAGGAGAACAGCAAAUACAUAAUUAUCAUGAGCUGCCGGCUUCUCCUCCUUCCUCCAGGUACAUACAAUCUAAACACCCUUCCCCCUCCCUUCUGUUCCCACAAGAAUCAAGCAUCCCUCCUCCAGAUGUGCUGCUGAUGCCAGAUUAUCACCCAGCGAGUCGCAGCCCCUCCCCUCCUCUACCAAUCAAUGAUAUGCAUGGCAUGUGGAUGUACCAGAUGCCUGUCUUUAAAAGCAUCCGGUCCCAGCUCUCCUUGCAGGACAUGGAGGACUUUGUUGACCAGGAAAGCUGUGGAAGUGAAGGGAGUGACAGUGGUGAAGGGGGUGAUUGUGACACCGAGCACAGAGAUGAAGAAGAUCCCUCCAGUGACUCACAUAAUGAAAAGUUUGCACAGUACAUUGAGAAGAAAUGUGAUGGCACUAGAAGGUGUCCCCCAAAUAGGAAAUUCCUGAGUAUUGUAGAACAGUAUGAUAAACUGCACAGUGCAGACAAAGUGGGGGAGACUGAUACUUUAAUGGAAUGUGGAAUAAAACCUAAUGUAAACAUUGAAACAAGGAAUUCUCCUUAUACCGCCAAAUCUUUUCUCACUGACCAGGCUCCCAUAUUGUUUGAGUUGGCUGUGAAUGCACCAAAGCACCGAAUAAGUUCUCGUUUACAGGAAAUAAUGUCCUCCUCAGAUGAUGAACUCAUUGAUAGGGAUUAUCGAAAGAGAAGGCGCCCAUCACGCACAAAGAGACCACUUAACAUUGUCCUGGUGCCUCCACAGCCAGAUGUAGACAUUCUUCUAGCAGCUAAACCUGUUAACUCAAACCAUUCUAUUGUAAAUAAUUUUGCAGCCCAAAAAUCUCUCAACACCCAGUAUGUACCAAAAGUGAACCUGGCUUCUGUUAUUAAAAGUUCUUUUAAUUAUAAAAUUUCUACAGUACCCUUGGAUCCAACAGAGCAUGAUUGGAUUGUUAAAUCAGCCUGUGGCUCUUGGCUUCAGGUAUAUGGAUUAUUCAUUGAGGACCCCCAUUUGGCUUUACGGAAAGAUUUCAUGUCUGGAUAUACAGCUCUGCACUGGUUUGCCAAGCAUGGUGCUAUUGACAUGUUCUUUAAGUUUGUCAAUGGUGCCAAAAAGGCUGGAAUUGAACUGGACCUUAACCUCAAAUCCAAUGGUGGAUAUACACCUUUACAUAUUGCUGCUAUCCAUGGCCAUCAUAAAGUAGCUGCCAUGUUGGUAGAAAAGAUGAAAGUGAAUGUGAAAUUGAGGGACAAUAGCGGCAAAAGGGCCUGGCAAUACCUGAGCUGCAACACCUCUGGGGAAGUAUGGCAGCUCUUGGGAGCACCAAAGGGUAAAACUAUUUUUGCAUCUCGUGCCUUAAAGACUACUUACAAUUUAAAUGUGCAAAACGUAUCAAGUCAGUUAACUAGAAAAACCUCUUUAGCAGCUUUUCUUAAACCCCAGCAUCAAAAAUGGAAAGCACACAAUCAUUCUGUGUUAAGAGAAAGAGAAAUCUACAGUGACUGAGAACCCAUGUUCAUUUUACCUUGGCUCCCAUGUUUUCUUUAUAUGAAAAACAAAUCCAAAUGGUCUUCUCACUGGAGGCAUCCAUCUUGUGGGCUGAACCAAUAUGAAGCCUGUCAGUUUGCUAGGAACGAGUGAUAUCAAUGAUAAAUUUACUAAUAUUCAGUAGGCCUGGCUUAAUUAUAAUCUCUAAUUUUAUGAAUGUUCAGCCCACACAAAGGUGGUGUGGGUACUUUAGUUUAUGCACAAAUGCUUGUAUGUCUACCUAUAGCUGCAUUGCCAUUUACUCUACUUAAAUGUUAUUAAACCUGCCUUUCCUGUUCCCCUUCCCAGAGUCUGUGGGCUGCACCAUGCAGUCAUUUUACCUGGUGCUCUGGUAAUUGUCUCACAGACUCAAUCAAGCACUUAGGCUGAGUGACACUGAAGGAGAUCUUCUCUAGCAGCGUCACUCAGCUCUGAUUUGAAGAAGAAACAAUUAGAAGCAACAGUCAGAGACUGAUUUCUGAUUGGUCCACUCACACAUCCCUAAGAAGCAAUUUUAAAGUGGCAAACUUCUGUUGCUCAAGUGGUAAUGCAGCUUUAACUUUGCAUACAUUAAGAGGAAAGUUUGGAUGGAACCACAGCUUGCAAAGAAAUGAUCAUUACCUAGCUAGGAUCAUAUUUCUGUCACAUUGGCAGGUAUAAAACACCCUGUAUCCAAGUGUCUUGCUGUACAGUAUAACAAAUGUUUCAUGUCACUACUGAGGUCAGGACAGUUUACUUUUUAAACUCAAACACAGCGUUUUAAUGAGACAUGCAAAUGUACAUUGCACCAUAUGUAUCUUAUUACCCUGCUUGUCAUUCUGCGGACCAUUUUUAUGUCUUAGCAUUUUAACACCUACAGUACAAAAAGUGUUUUGCAAGACAACUAAAACAUGAGUCAUUAUUCAUUUCUAUACGGAGACCAAAGUCUACAUAUGCUUUCUUUAAAAGAAUUCAGAGUUUAGACUAUUUUACUAGCAAUAAUAUAUUGGAUAUUUUAGUAUAGCAGAUUGAUAUUUGGUAGACAACAACUGGUUGCAGGGUCGUGAUUAGUGAAUGUUAUGGGCCCUACACACUGGGCGAGAAUACUGAAAGAUAUGAAUGAUCUCGUUUAUUAAUGAACGAGAUACCGUUCAUAUCUUCCAGUGUGGAUACACCAGCGAUGAACGAUGUGUGCCCCCGCGCUCAUUCAUCGCUGGUGCCCCGUCGCUUGUGCAUGCCGGCCAAUAUGGACGAUCUCGUCCAUAUUUGCCUGCACUGCUAUGGUGACGGGGGUAGAAACUUCACUCCCCCAGUCACUGAAAUCCCGCCCCCGCCGGGUCGCCCGUCGGCAGUAUCCGCCGUCCGUUAGCUCGGCGGCAGAUCGCAAAGUGUGUAGGGCCCAUAACUUGUGCACUGUGGUUCCUCUUAAGGCCCAUACACACUGGGCGAUGUUGAGCUGAAAGCAGGUCACUUUUGGUGUGUUGUGCUGCUUUCAGCUCAAAGCCGCGCAGAGUGUAUGGAUGAGCGGUGAGUGCUGAUGCGCGCUCCCGCUUCAUCGCUGGCGGUCGCCGUUCAUCUACUGGUAUUACCAGUCGAUGAACGGCUGGGUGAGCGGCUUUCCAUAGCGUCCUGCUAUGGAAAGCCAUUCACCCCCGCUGACAGCGCUGGGCAGGGGGGAGAAGCGCUAAGUGUGUAUGCACGGAGCGCUUUUCAGCCCAGCGAUGUCAGCGAUCAUCACUGCAUACACGCUGGGCAAAAACGCCCAGUGUGUAUGCACCUUAAGUCAUAUAGGUAUAUAUAAUUAGCUACUGACUGACAAAUUUGUUUCUGAUUCUGCCAGUGGGUUAAAUUAAAAUCUGUCCUCAUAGUUCCCCCUAAGAGGCCAACCCUUACAGCAUCAAUGUUAGGGGGGAGGAAGGGGGGGGGGGGGGUAUUUAUCAACGCACGAAGAGAUAAAAAUUGUGAGAGGUAAAAUACCAGCUUCUGCCUUACAUUUUACAGACUGUUUUUGAAAAAUGACAGUUAGGAGCUGAUUGCUUGGUACUUUAUCUCUCAGAAUGUUACCUCUCUGGAAUCUUUGAUAAAUACCCUCCCUAAAUAAUUGCAUUUUCAGCAUUAAUAGAUUUAUGGUUAUAUUACGUAUGCAACUUUGUACAGCUAUUACAAUGAAUAAGGUUUCCUCUAUAGAUUAAAAUGUGCCCAUAUGGUUUACUGGAUGCAACAUUUUGUGAAAGUAAACAUUAAUAGGGUAUUGUUAAUUAUUAGUCACAUUUAAUGCAACUGUUAAGGCAAUGUUUUACAUGUAUGGGCUUUUAAGGAGAUCUGAAUAAUUGGUUGGAGCAACACUGUUUUACGUUGCUUAAUAAUAUAAUAGUAAUUGUCUAUUGUCACACAAUGAUUUGUUAAAAUGACUGUCCUAGGAUAAGUGUACAUGAAGGCUUCAAGGAGAAAACCGGUUUAGCUGAUUUGAAUUUAGCUAAGACAUCGCUAAUAAUCUUUAUGUUUUUACUUGGGUGUUACAAGUUUUUUUUUUAACAUAUGCCUCAAAAUAUUUGAUAUGUGCUAAAAACAAAAAGUUUAUUUAACAAAUGAGGAACCACUGUAAAAUAUAUUUUCAAAACACUUAUGUGCGUAACUCUAAACUGCAAAGGAAGAUCCCAAACUCCAGUCACACUUGCAUUCAUCUUGCCGUCAAUUGAGGCUAUUCUAAAAGAAUUUGUAUUGCCCAGUGUAAAAAAAAAAAAAAAAAAAAACAUUACUGCACAGGCCUUUCUCCUUUUUUGGAUGUUAGAAUUGUGACAAACAGGUAUUUCUAUUCCAAGAUGUGUUCCAGAAACUCUGUACUCAAUUCACUAGAUUCCCAUGGUGAGCAAGUUUACAUGAACUGAUGCUAAGCAAAAUGAGCAAACUUGAAAUGUAAUAAAUGUGAAUAAACCUUUUUGUAUUUUUA